AUGGAGGCGGCAGUGUUCAUUCUAUCACUUGUGGACUGCUGUGCACUUAUUUUCCUCUCGGUGUACUUUAUUAUCACCUUGUCUGAUCUAGAAUGUGACUACAUCAAUGCUAGAGCCUGCUGCUCCAAGCUGAACAAAUGGGUAAUUCCAGAGAUGGUUGGUCAGUGUCUCACCACGAUGCUGAUGUUGGUCUCCACGCACUGGUUCAUCUUCCUCCUCAACCUGCCUGUAGCUGCCUGGAACAUUUAUAGGUAUGUGAAGGUUCCAUUGGGAAACAUGGGCGUGUUUGACCCCACUGAGAUCCACAACCGAGGUCAGCUCAAGUCCCACAUGAAAGAGGCCAUGAUUAAACUGGGUUACCACCUGCUCUGCUUCUUUAUUUAUUUGUAUAGCAUGAUCCUGGCUCUGAUCAACGACUGAAGCACCGAGCGAGCUGGCAGAUUCCCAACGUCCAGGCUUUGCUGUCUCCCCCUCACACCCUGCUCCUAUACUGUAUGCAUACAAUCUUUCCAAACAGCAAAGAGAAGACGUUUCCUGUCACUGAGCUCCAAGCAGUUUUUUGUGUUGUCAGAAUGCCAGAGUUUUCAAUUUGAAUACUGAGGUUGACAUUUAACCAUUUUGCACUUCAGUACUGUCAUGCAAAUAACUCCUCCAACAAGCGCUGUGUGUUAUUGUAAAGGGAAUAAGUAAUGAGGUAUCGCUUCAACCUCUAUAUGCAAUAGUGAGUAAGAAACAACAUCGACAGAGUGGCUUUAAGAAAUAUUAGAGAUUUUCAUAGUAAAGUGAGGAAGUAGGCUCCCUAGAGCAGAGGGAACCAGAAACAGUUUUGAUAUUACGAAGCACGACACUGAGUAAUAUUUCUCUGUCUAUCUGAACAUAAAGUAGAGAUCUUGAGUGUGUUGUUCUACCAAAGCUAAUGGUGCUUCAAACCUCAAAACAAAUGAUGUCUUGUUGUGACAAGUACUGGGUCCUGCUGUCGUCUUCUGCUGAAGUGUUUCCAUGCUCAGUGAUACCUUACAAUGUUUGGAACUCAUUGGAGUUAUUGCAUUUUUUCACGGUUCAAACCAUCCUCUGUGAACUCCAAAGAUUGUUGUGGUGAAAACCAAGAUCAGUAGAUACUUCAACAAUCAUAUCGGACACCAACAAUCGUUCAACUAGGACACAUUUCAUGGGUUUGGCCUUUGGGUCUGACAACAUCUCUCCAGGCAUUCCUUUUCAGCGACUGCUCGACUGACUCAGCAUUCUAAAUAUGGGGUCAAUCAGAGCUCUCUGAUUAGGCUAGCAUUCAUCAGAAUUUAUUUUUUCUCCAGUUGUGCCUUUUCUAAUUUCUACUAGUACAGUAAUCCUUUAGUCCCAUUAACUUAAUUGUAUGGCACCUUUUUAACAAAUGUAUGUGUCAGUGACAGUAAAAGUGUUACAGUAACAAAUAAUUAAAAGUCAAUAAAAUUCCAAACAUAAACGACAAAAUUAUUCAAACAAAUGUACCUACAACUACCAUUUGUUGAGAAAAAGCCAUGAGAUACAAGUGUGCAGUGUGUUGGACAACACCUCACAAACUCGUUGCUCCAAAAUCUAUACGUGUUCUGUCGAUCUGCUCACUGAAGGGCUUACCAAGCGAUCCACAGCAAUUUCAUCCUCUUUAAUCUGGGUAUGCACAUUAACAAUCACCUAGUGUGGAUAUAGUUAUAUAGUUAUUUUGUUUUGCCUAGUCCAAUCUUCCUUUUUGUCUUUUAAAGUUCCCCAGUUGACAUAUUUGGUCAAAAUAUCACACGUUUUCAAAAUAAAAUGCUGAAACCGGAGGUUAAUGAUGGUGUUGAAGUGUAGAGAAAACUCUGUUAUUGUGCACAUGGUGCAUCGGUAACUAUUCUGACUCCCUGCAUCGCAUUCCAUCCUGAUCACCAACCACAGCUCAGCCCAUGAUGUCAGGACGAGGCUCACAGAGCUGGAUGCAGUAUGAACUCUGAGGCUGUUCAGAAAGGUUGUUCUAUUCAGUCCGGAAAGAAAUGAUCAUAUGAGUGGCAGUUCGAAUUGAACAAUGGGAUGUGACCUUAGUCAUGCUGUAUGUUGAUUUACUGAAUGACCGUUGCAUUGAUCACAUAAUGUACAGUAUGUCUAAGUCAGAGAGUCCCCAUCCAGAUCAGCAUGUGUCUCAGCAUUGCUCUGCACAUGAGUGCAUGUGCAGAGCAAUGCUGAGUGUAGCAGAGCAGUCAUGACUGUUCAGUGCAUUCACAGCUGCUCUAACAUGUCAGGUACUCUGGAGCUGUUUCUCGUUUCUGUGGGGAUCUUGUCUGAUUCACAUUUACCUAUUUAAUGCAGUAUUUUUUUUGUAGGGUGUGAUGUUUCAUAAAUAAAAAUGAAAGAUAA